GGGGCCUCGGCGAGCCCAGAAAAACGACAACGCGAGAAAAAUUAGUAUUUUUGCACUUCACAAAUUAAUGACCAUGAGCUCGUUUUUGAUAAACUCCAACUACAUCGAGCCCAAGUUCCCUCCCUUCGAGGAGUACGCGCAGCACAGCGGCCCGGGCGGCGGAGACGGCGGCCCGGGCGGGGGCUCCAGCUACCAGCAGCCCCCCGCGCCCGCGGCCCAGCACCUGCCGCCGCCGCAGCCCCAGCUCCCCCACGAGGGCGGCGGCCGCGAGCCCCCCGCCUCCUACUACGCGCCGCGGGCCGCCCGCGAGCCCUCCUACCCCGCGGCCGCGCUCUACCCCGUGCCCGGGGCCGCCGACGCCGCCUACCCUUAUGGCUACCGCGCUAGCGCCAGCCCCGGGCGGCCCCCGCAGCCCGAGCAGCCCCCCGCGCACGCCAAGGGCCCCGCGCACGGCCUGCACGCGAGCCACGUCCUGCCUCCCGGGCGGCAGCCCCCGCCGCCUCCCCCGGCGCCCCCGCGGCGCUGCGAGGCGGCGCCCGCCACCCCGGGCGUCCCGACAGGGGGCAGCGCCCCCGCGUGCCCGCUGCUCCUGGCCGACAAGAGCCCGCCGGGCCUGAAGGGCAAGGAGCCCGUGGUGUACCCCUGGAUGAAGAAGAUCCAUGUCAGCGCCGUGAACCCCGGGUAUCACGGAGGGGAGCCCAAGCGCUCCCGGACCGCCUACACCCGGCAGCAGGUGCUGGAGCUGGAGAAGGAGUUCCACUUUAACCGCUACCUGACCCGGCGCCGCCGCAUCGAGAUCGCCCACGCGCUCUGCCUGUCCGAGCGGCAGGUCAAGAUCUGGUUUCAGAACCGGAGGAUGAAGUGGAAGAAAGAUCACAAACUGCCCAACACUAAGAUGCGGUCCUCCAACUCGGCCUCGGCCUCCUCCUCCGCAGGCCCGCCGGGGAAAGCACAGACUCAGAGCCCCCACCCAAACCCGCACCCGCACCCGCACCCCCACCCCCACCAGGGUGCCUCCACGCCCAUCCCCUCCUCCAUAUAAUCUCCUGGAGAUCGAGACCCGUUUCUUUCCCUCCUCUGCGUUUCUCCUCUCUUCUGCCCCUUUCCCCAUCCACCCCUCCCUGUCCGUCCGUCCGUCCGUCCAUCUGUCGGGACCACAGCAGACCCCAAAACAAAACACAACUUGAUGAAAAGUGUAAUA